AUGGCGGAUCAUCCUCGCUCUAUGGAGUCCCGGGUGGGACGCAAAAACCAACGGUACGGACCGAAAGGUGAACGACUCGUGGCCGGUGUGGUUCCAUUGUCCGCGGACAAGACGAAGGUGCUUAUGAUCCAGUCCGCGGGGCGAGGCGGUUGGGUGCUUCCUAAAGGCGGUUGGGAGACCGAUGAAGUAAGCGCCCAACAAGCUGCCUGUAGAGAAGCCUGGGAAGAGGGUGGAAUAAUAUGUACGGUGCACAAAGACCUGGGAUUGAUCCCGGAUAUGCGGCCGUCGACGUUAUUGACGUCCACGGCACCGAAAGCAUCAUAUCAAUUCUUCGAGGUCACAGUGGACCGGGAAGAGGACCAGUGGCCCGAGAUGCAUAAGCGGAAGCGUCAAUGGGUCACUUAUGCGCAAGCGGCCGAAUCGCUUGCCAGUCGUCCCGAACUUCUGGAAGCGCUGAAUCGCAGCUCCAUGCGGAGGUAG